CGCCGCCCGUCGUGACGCAUCGUUUCCGCAACGUCAGUUGCUCUCGUGCUUCUAGCGAAAGGGAAAAUGUCGGCGUAUUAGUGGGGUUUUGUUGUGCCACUAGAGAGUGACUUUUGGGCUACCUGAGCAGAUUUUUAUCGAAGAAAAUCGUCGAUCGUUACGACUUUGGGAAUAGUCAACAUCGUCGAGUUUGCCAGUAAAUGGCGUAUAAGUCCUAUCGGGUACGCUUAGUACUUUAAAUCAGGUUCGAGUCCGACGUGAGCCAGUCGUAGAAGUCCGCCGUCGGUUCUAGCGGAGGAAGGAUAGAAAUAGGGAAGCCAGGAGCAAUAUGUCGAUGCAGUUGGCAAUGUCAGUAGCAAAGAAUGAGUUUAUCGUGGGUAGCAAAUACAGGCUGUUGAGAAAGAUUGGCUCGGGAUCCUUUGGCGACAUUUACCUCGGUAUCAACAUCUCUAAUGGUGAGGAAGUUGCUGUUAAGUUGGAAAGUAUACGUGCUCGACAUCCUCAACUCUUAUAUGAGUCAAAGCUAUAUAAAAUUUUGCAUGGUGGUAUAGGAAUACCUCAUAUACGUUGGUAUGGACAAGAACGAGAGUAUAAUGUACUUGUCAUGGACCUCCUUGGUCCAUCUCUUGAAGACCUUUUCACCUUUUGUACUAGAAGAUUCACAAUAAAAACAGUCUUAAUGUUAGCAGAUCAAAUGAUUGGUAGGAUUGAAUAUGUUCAUUGCAAACAUUUUAUUCAUAGAGACAUCAAACCAGAUAACUUUUUAAUGGGUAUUGGCCGUCACUGUAAUAAGCUCUUUCUUAUUGAUUUUGGAUUAGCUAAAAAAUAUAGAGAUAGUCGUACAAGACUGCAUAUAAUGUAUCGAGAGGAUAAAAAUUUAACAGGCACAGCAAGGUAUGCUUCGAUUAAUGCACAUCUUGGAAUAGAACAGAGCCGCCGUGAUGAUAUGGAAUCACUUGGUUAUGUGCUUAUGUAUUUCAAUCGCGGAUCUCUUCCUUGGCAAGGACUUAAAGCUGCUACCAAAAAGCAGAAAUAUGAGAAAAUAAGUGAAAAGAAAAUGUCCACGCCUGUGGAAGUUUUAUGUAAGGGAUUUCCUGCUGAAUUUGCGAUGUAUUUAAAUUAUACACGAGGUCUACGUUUCGAAGAAAGUCCAGAUUAUAUGUAUCUUCGCCAACUUUUCCGUAUACUUUUCCGUACAUUGAAUCACCAAUAUGAUUAUACUUUUGAUUGGACAAUGUUGAAGCAAAAGAAUUGUCUCCCUACUUUAACAACUGGAGGUGGUCCAGGUCAAUCCGCACCAAAUGCUCAGGGGCAAGGACAAGCCCAAGCUCAGCCACCAGCUCAGACCAACGCUCAACCAGAAAGGAUAAAACUAUAAUUCCUUGUCAUUGCAUCAAUCCUAUUUGCAGUUAUUGAAGUGUCCACGACCAGGUACUCAACUUUGUAUGAAUGCCAUGCAAAGAGUCAAAUCAAUCAAUCCUCUAAGUUUGCAUUAAGGAGGAGAUUUAUGGUUACAAGCGUAUCGUACACGAGUAAAGGACAAUGCCACGAGUACACGUUUGUGAAUUCGCUAAUUAGUGAAAACUUCAAUGUAUUCUCAGUGCUUAGAGUUUUGGUUGAUCCACCUCUUUGUGCUUAAAAUCCAAGUGAAAUCAGCCAGAGGUGGCUUGUUCUUAUUUUGUUAUUACCUAUUUAAUUCACCGUUGAUAAUAAUUGAAAUAAAGGUUUUGAUGCCCCGAAGACCUUUGUAAAAGAUUACACGUAAAGGUGUAAUGUGUGAUUUAAUCGAAAAUCCGACAAACAAUUUUCAUAGAAAGAAAGAGAGGAUGCGGUUUUGACUACUCUUAAGCAUUCGGGGUAAUUAAUUGAGUACAUCGUAUAAAAUUUUAUAUCUAUUCUACAAAUAGAAACACAAACGUGAGGACGAGUGAAUGAUUAUGCGAGAGUAUGAAGGAAAUAUAUGUGUACUGAGAGAUAAAUACAGUUUGUUGCUUCCUGAUUUUUGUUUUAUUCUCAGUACAAUAUAAUAUAAAUAUAACGUGUGCAACUUCGAGAGAAAUGUUAAUAUUUUUCUUACAUAAAUUAUCAUGUCAAUGGUAUCAAAGAUUUUUCUUUGAUACUAUUGACACUGUGGUAACACUUUUUUUCUAUAUGAGUAUAUAUGUAUACAUACAUAAAUAUGUAUAUAUAUACACACACAACAUAGACAUAAACACAUACAUGCGUAUGUACGAGUAAGUGGAAGUAUCUUUGAAGUAAAUACUGGAAGUAAUAUUACUAUUAAGGCAGCAAUUUAAUUUCUAGAUACGUUGUAUCGAUCAAGAAACGAACAAAUUAUUAGCUACUCUGACCUAAUAAACUUCACUCUUUACUCUCUUUCUUUCUGUGAGUACAUUUAGUCGAUCAUGAUAAAUAAAAGGAAUAUUAAGCAGAUUUCUCUGUAUUGGAGAUGGAUUACAGAUUGCUUUACAUUUGAAGAAAAGAAUAUAUACAAAUAGUACAUAAAAUGUAUGGAAUGCAUAAGAUGCAUGGAAAGCAACUCUGUAACCAGUUCCAGCCAAAGGACUUCCUUCAUAUAGUUUUAAUGGCAGAGACUGUGCAGUAGUAUUUCCCGCGCUAUUGCUUCGAUAUUAAGUUUAUGUUACGUGACUUGCGAGAUCUUUAACCGAUCGGGCAGUUGGUUGUUAAUAUGCAUAAUGAAAUCUCGCACACGAAGUCACGUUAAACAGUAGAAGUUUUAAAAAAAUUUGUUUCUGUCAUUGAAAAUUUUUGUUUACAUCAACCAUUCUAGUUGCGUCAAUAUUCACGUCUAUGUUCCAAGCACUACUUCCAAAAUGAUAUAUAAUCAAUAAUGUUAACUCAUGUCCUUACUACAAAAAUAUUCUUAAAAAAUAAAAAAAAUAAUAAAAAAAUGUCCAGUCAACGUUAGUACGAACCAAGAUACAAGGGAUAAUACGACUGGAUCCUGUGUACUGUUAUAUUUUGGAAGGACAAUUUGUUUGAUGAAGUUUUUAGACAGUAAUAAAAAGAAAAGAGAUAUAAUCAUUAAAUAUCUUUGAGUGAAUGUAUGGUUUAUUAUUAUUAUUAAUAUUAUUAUUUUUAUUAUUUUAAUAUUAUUACUAUUAUGAGAAACAAAAUUAAUGAAUAAAAGUGUGUACUACUAUGCAGCGAGAAUGAAUGAACGAGUAAGUUAAUGAAUAAUUAAUGAUAUAAGCACUUAUUACUAUCUGGUAUGUAUGUAUGUAUAUAUAGGAUGUCCCGUGAGGUAUUCAACAAAUUUUUCCCACGUGUUCAGCAAAUCAUUCUGAAUAAAAAAAAUGUCAUAUACUCUAUAGAUCUAUUUAAUUUCGUUAUCCAUCAAAAAUAAUACAUUGGAUGAAUAGUAAAAGAACAAUUCAGUUACGUUUUUUACAUAGGCAAUCUUCAAAUCAUGUAUGUGAUGCUAAUCGUUAUUUUUAAUGAACUUACCACCAUAUUUAUACUAUAACAGAGUUCUUAUAAAAUAUAAUAGUUAUAUAACAAGAUAAAUAAACGAAAUGUUGAUUGCUAUUGAUAACUUGUGUACUCAUAAGAGUGAAUUUAUACAUUCUACUUAAUGUUGUAUGCUAAUUUUAAUGAUACUAAUAUUUCUUAUUUUCUAUAUUUUAAUCGUGAAGAAAAGGGUGGUACUUCAAAAAUCUUGUAUAUAUGUUUUUAAUAUAUAUACAAUAUAUAUAUAUACAAUAAAUAAAUAAAUAAGUAUAUAUAUAUAUAUGUAUGUGCGUGUGCGUAUGUGUGUGUGUGUGCGCGGGCGCGCGCGUGUGUAUAUUCUUUUCUAUUAAUAUUAUAGUAGUAAAAAAACAAGAUAAAAUUUGUAUAUGAAUUUGAGAUCAAUAUAAUCUACAUCUUACAGAUUGGAAAUAAGGAACUGAACCAUUAUACUUGAAACAAAACUAAACAUUUAUCGAUGAUUACGAAACAAAAUAAACCUAUAAUGUGACGACCUAUAAUGUAUAUUCUUUUUAUUCUUAAUGACGUAGCAAAUACGUAAGAAAAGUUUGUUAAAUACCUCACAAGAUAUUCUGUAUACAGAUAAUGCUUUAUAUAUGUGCAUACAUACAUACAUGUGUGUAUGUAUAAUAAAAUUAUGACAGUAAUUAAGAUAUACGUUAUUUCAUAAAUAAUGAAAAUCAUCAACAGUUUAUUGCUCCUUUUAUCGCUAUAAAUAAAAAGUGGAACAUUGUA